AUGAGUUACGGGGGAUAUGACCUUUACAGGUCAAACACAGAUUCAUCGUUCGAAAAGCCGUCAGAAAGGUCAAGAUGGACGCCACUCACACGCAUGCUAUUAUCGGGUGAGAUGACCCAAGAAAGGCAAAAAGAGUUGAGCCCGAGAGAAAAGUUCGACCGAUGGAUGGUCAACGAAGGUUAUCGACGAAUCUUCGUCUUCGUCUUCAUGCUGCUCCACGCCAUUGUUUUCGCCUUUGGCUUCGUUAACUUCGCCGUCAAAGACAACCUACAAAUAGCGCGGGAAACGUUUGGGCCUACAUACAUGAUUGCGAGAUCGGCAGCACUGGUUCUGCACGUCGAUGUUGCCCUGGUUCUUUUCCCCGUCUGCCGAACGCUCAUCUCCCUCGCAAGACAGACUCCUCUGAACGGCAUCAUCCAGUUCGACAAGAACAUCACCUUCCACAUCACGACAGCAUGGUCCAUCUUCUUCUGGUCGUGGGUCCACACCAUUGCCCAUUGGAACAACUUCGCCCAGAUCGCAGCCAAGAACAACCUCGGAAUUUACGGCUGGCUGUUGGCUAACUUUGUCUCGGGCCCGGGUUGGACUGGUUAUAUCAUGUUGAUCGCGCUCACAGGGAUGGUCAUCACUUCGGUCGAGAAGACAAGGCGGGCGAACUACGAGCGAUUCUGGUACACGCACCACAUGUUCAUCGUCUUCUUCUUUUUCUGGUCCAUCCACGGCGCCUUCUGCAUGAUCCAGCCCGACUUCGCGCCUUUCUGCAUCUCCAUCGGCACCCAGGCCGUCGGCGUGUUCUGGCAGUACUGGAUGUACGGCGGCUUUGCCUAUCUGGCCGAGCGCAUCGCCCGCGAGGUCCGCGGCAAGCACAAGACGUACAUCUCCAAGGUCGUCCAGCACCCCAGCAACGUGUGCGAGAUCCAGAUCAAGAAGGAGAACACCAAGACCCGCGCCGGCCAGUACAUCUUCCUCUGCUGCCCGGCCGUUUCGCUGUGGCAGUACCACCCUUUCACCCUCACCAGCGCGCCCGAGGAGGACUACAUCUCGAUCCACAUGCGUGUCGUCGGCGACUUUACCCGGCAACUCGCCGAGGCCCUAGGCUGCGAAUUCGAUAGCAAGAAGAAGGGCGACGACACAUCCAAGGUCGUCGGCGUCAGCCAAGAGAACGAUGAGGUCGACCCCGCCCUCCGCCGCGUUCUCCCCCGCGUGUACGUCGAUGGCCCCUUCGGCUCCGCUUCCGAAGACGUGUUCAAGUACGAGGUCUCCGUUCUCGUGGGUGCCGGUAUCGGCGUGACCCCCUUCGCCUCCAUUCUCAAGUCGAUCUGGUACCGCAUGAACUACCCGCAACAAAAAACGCGGCUGAGCAAGGUGUACUUCUUCUGGAUCUGCCGCGACUUUGGUUCCUUCGAGUGGUUCCGCUCCCUGCUUCUGGCGAUCGAGGCCCAGGAUGUCGACCACCGCAUCGAGAUCCACACGUACCUGACGGCCAAGAUCAAGGUCGAUGAUGCGACCAACAUCAUGAUCAACGAUGCCAAUGCCGAUAAGGAUACCAUUACCGGCCUGAGGAGCCCGACGAACUUUGGACGGCCAAACUGGGAUAUGAUCUUUAGGGGCAUCAGGAAGUUGCAUGCCCCCGGAGAGGCAGGUGUGUUCUUCUGCGGUCCCAAGGGUCUGGGUAGCGCGUUGCAUGUUUAUUGCAAUAAGUAUAGUGAGCCUGGUUUCCACUUUGUCUGGGGCAAGGAGAACUUCUAA